CCCUAUCCAUCCAUUCUUUCGUCCAAGAGACUCUCUUCGCCAUAAUCGCCGUGGUUGCAGGAUAUAUAUUUUAUAAAUCUCCCCUUUCAUUUUAACCGCCUUUAUUCCCCUGGCCACUAGUCUCUCACUCAUCUUCUUGCACUUCCUUUCUUUGUUCCUGAUGCAUUUGUAACAUUUUUAGAUUCAGAACCAACCUUUGGCGCAAAAGGCAUUGCCCAGAGUCCUAUCUUUGGGGCCAGCCCCGAGGACGCAGUCCGUAUGUCUCACAUCCCAGGCACGCCCAUGGUCCCCGCAGUCCUCUACCGCUGUGCUGAAUACCUCGAGGCCAAGGGCAUUGACGAAGUCGGACUCUAUCGUGUCCCAGGAAGCCAUGCGAGUGUACAGAAGCUGAAGAAGAUGUUCGACACCGGCAAGGAUAUCAAUCUCUUGGCCAUGGACGCCAUCGAUCCCAACGACAUUGCUACGCUCCUCAAGCUCUAUCUUCGUGAAUUGCCCUCAUCUCUCCUUCCCGCCGUCUUUCUGGAGCAGUUCCAGUCCGUGAUCUCCACCGACCGCCAGGUGUGCCACAGCCUACGCGGAAUCCUCGUCCGCUUGCCUCGCCCCAACUACGUCAUGCUGUCAUUCCUGUGCCACCAUCUCUCAAGGAUUGCCGCCCACUCUGAAAAGACAAAGAUGAAUGUCUCGAACCUGGGCGUCGUCUUUGCGCCCACGCUUUCCAUCGGCAGCGUCCUUUUUAAGGCGCUGCUCGGUGGCUAUUACGACACCGCCGACACAUUCGAGAACAGAGAGAACGGGCUGAAGCUUGUUUGGGGAGGGCUCUUGCAGGAAUGCGACUUCGGCGUUCAGGAAUGGCCCGAGGAUUCUGCGAACCAUGCGUAUCAGCCCGUGGAUCAAUCCGCAUUACAGUCACCACUCACCCCUGCCCAAGAGAUUGUCCAGGCCACGCUCGCUGUCCCUGCCAUCCCAAGUGAGCCUGCAGUCAGUGAGAGCAUACCCCGCGACCUCCCUUGCACUCCUGUCGUCACGCUAGCCACUCCUGAGGAAUCUAUUUUCAUCGCACCUGGUACUAUCGAGGACGAGGAGGCCAAACUUAUGGCGGCGAUGCUUUUACGCGAGGAAAUGUCGACUAAGCAGCAGGAUUAUGACGAGACCGUGUCAGACGUGUCGAGCUCCUCUGACUCAAUCCCAUGUACAGAUACGACGGCGCUGUCGGCAGUGUCUUCGCCAGGACUGAAUGUUAAGGAACAUGUAUUUGAGGCAGCGUUCACAUCACCCUCCAUGACCUUUUCGCCGACGCUGGCAUCGACAGCAGCCAUCCCAUCGUCUGCGACAGAUGAGUGCGAUAACCUUUCAUCACCCCCGCCCUCUUCCGAAUCAUCAGCUAUACCCGAACUCGACCAGAAGCCUCUGUGUUCGUCUACGCCACUAUCAUCAGCAGAGGAAACAACGGCGCCUGUAGCUUCAACAACGGCAACAACAGCGGUCGAUGCCACAUACCCAACACCUCCCACAAUCAAUAUCAUUAUUGAUUCUGGAUCGCUGCUUUUGCCGGAAAGCACCCCAACAUCAGCAAAAGUCCAGCCUGAAUUGAAGGUUACGAUGGACAAGGCGGAGUACAAGGAGGACGAGAGCGAGGAGGAUGAGGAAGAGACAGCCGUUGUAGGACCAGAGUUUUCUCCCAAGAUCGCGUCGGAGGCACCCCAACUGCCUCCUCUGGAGGGACUCAUGAUCGCAUUGUAAAAUAUCUGUAGGCAAUUUUCUUUUGAAGAAUAAAAAACGUAUCCAGGGAUUAUGACACCAAAGGGGCGGAUAAAGUCGAAUGCGACCAAUGGCCCGAC